UUUGUUACAUUAAAGACAAUUUGAUUAUUUCUUUAUAAGAAACAUGUUACAUAAGUCUUACUCUGCAAGCAAACUUAUGGUUGAAUAAUCAAGAAGCAUUUAACUUCAUAUUUAUCUUGGAUUCAUCUUUUAUAUUAUUGUUACUUGAUUUUCUUUAUUCUUUUGUACACAUGUAACAGUAGACCAUGGAUCGCCGGAGUUGGCCAUGGAAGAAAAAGUCAUCUGAUAAAGCAGUUGUUGUAUCAGAAUCUGCUGGUGUCCCUUCUUCAGCUGCCUCACAAAGUGACAAGGUGAAACAAGAUAGCUACAAAAAGCCAAACUAUGUCCAGAUUUCUGUGGAGUCAUAUUCCCAUUUAACUGGAUUGGAGGAUCAAGUCAAAUCAUAUGAAGAUCAAAUGAAAUCAUAUGAAGAUCAAGUGAAAUCAUACGAUGAACAAGUGAAACGAUACGAAGAUCAACAACUAGUAUAUGAAGAUCAAAUUAAAAAUUUAGAAGAUGAAGUCAAGGAAUUGAAUGAGCAGCUUUCUGAAGCCCAUUCAGAAAUGACAACAAAGGAGAAUCUUGUCAAACAACAUGCAAAAGUUGCUGAAGAAGCUGUUUGUGGUUGGGAAAAAGCAGAAGCAGAAGCAGCAACCCUAAAAAACCAUUUAGAAUCAGUAACUUUACUAAAACUUACUGCUGAAGAUCGAGCCUCACAUUUAGAUGGAGCUUUAAAGGAAUGCAUGAGGCAAAUAAGAAACCUGAAAGAAGAACACGAACAAAUCAUCCACGAUGUUGUUCUUGCAAAAACAAAACAAUGGGACAAAUUAAAACUCGAAUUCGAUACAAAAAUCUCGAAUCUUGAUCAAGAACUGAUGCGAUCAGCUGCUGACAAUGCUGCAAUUUCAAGAUCUUUACAAGAACGCUCAAACAUGUUGAUCAAAAUGAGUGAAGAAAAAUCCGAAAAGGAAGCAGAAAUCGAAAGGUUAAAAUCCGAUAUCGAAUCAUGUGAAAGAGAAAUCAAUUCUUUGAAAUACGAAUUACAUAUUGUUGCUAAAGAGUUGGAGAUUCGAAAUGAGGAAAAAAACAUGAGUGUUAGGUCUGCUGACGUGGCAAAUAAACAGCAUUUAGAAGGUGUGAGAAAGAUAGCUAAAUUAGAAGCCGAGUGUCAACGUCUACGUGGACUUGUGAGAAAGAAAUUACCGGGUCCCGCUGCUUUAGCUCAAAUGAAACUUGAAGUUGAUAGUUUAGGGAGAGAUUAUGGUGAGUCACGAGUCAAACGGUCUCCGGUCAAACCCCCGAGCCCACAUAGUCCACACAGUCAACAUAGUCAACAUAGUCAAAGCUUUUCUUCUUUGCCCGAUUUUACCCUUGACAGUUUACAAAAUUACAAAAAAGAAAACGAAAUGUUAACAGAGAGAAUACUAGGAAUGGAAGAGGAAACAAAGAUGUUGAAAGAAGCUUUAGCUAAACGUAACACUGAGCUACAAGCUUCUAGAAACAUUUGUGCUAAAACAGUUAGUAAGCUUCAGAGUCUUGAAAGUCAAGUCAAAGGGUAUUCUGGUCAAAUUCAAAACGCAAGUAACGCCCCUAGUGUGGCUUCCUUUUCUGAAGAGGGUAAUGAUGAUGAAGUUAGUGUCACAGGUUCUUGGGCUACAGCUUUGAUUUCUGAGUUGACUCAUAAUAAAAAAGAUAAUAAUAAUAAUAAUAAUAAUAAGAUUCCUGAAAGUCCUCAAAGAUCUGAAAAUGCAAACAAUUUGGAGCUCAUGGAUGAUUUCUUGGAGAUGGAAAAGCUAGCUACCGACUCAGUGAGUAAAGAAACACCAGAGACCGAAGAAUUAAAUCCAAAGGGUAUAAACGUAAUUUCACACGAUGAUCAAGAAUUGGGUGAUGCGAUUUCUGGGAUUUACAAUUUUGUAAUGACUGUUGAAAAGGAAGCAAAAUCUGUGGUGGGAGUUGAAGAGAAUGGGUUUGUGCAGAAGGUCGAGGGGUUUUCGGUCAUUUACAAAGAGAUUGAGGACAAAAAAGUAAAAUUGCAAGAUUUUGUUGUUUCUCUUUCUGGUGUUCUUGGUAAAGCUGGUGAGCUUCGUUUUACUUUUGUGAAUGAUGCUGAAACAGAUUCCACUUCUGACCCUGACAUACCCCAUGAAAAUGAGAACUCUGUACCUACCUCUGAAACAACCGUAUCCCCAUGGAAAUGUUCAUUUGAGGAGUUUGAAGAGUUGAAGUUGGAAAAAGAGAAGAUUUUUAUGGAUCUUGAAAAAUGUAAUGAGAAUCUUGAAAAUACAAAGCUACAGUUGAGUGAAACUGAGUUGAGUUUGAGUGAAGUGAAAUCUCAGUUGACCAAUGCUCAAAAGUCAAACGGGUUGUUUGAGACUCAGCUUAAGUGUAUGGCUGAAUCUUAUAAUUCGCUUGAAGUUCGUGCAAAUGAGUUGCAAAAUCGGGUGAAUGUUCUAGAAGAAAAGAUUACAGUGUUGGAUAAUCAGCUAGAAGAAGAGAAGAAGAAUCAUAAGGAGACUGAGGAAAAGUGCAAAGAUCUUCUAGAACAAUUGCAAAGGAUUGAAACCGAAAACACCCCACCUCCAGUUGCUGAGACGGAUGGUAAAAGUAACCAGGAGAGAGAAUUAGCAGCAGCUGCAGAGAAAUUAGCAGAGUGUCAAGAAACAAUAUUCCUCCUAGGAAAACAAUUAAAAGGCAUGCGACCUCCAACAACCGAAUUCAUGGGGUCUCCAAUAAGAGAGACAAGUCAAAAAAGUCAAACAUUCACAGAAGAAGAUGAAGAAGAAGAAGAAGAAGAAGAAGAAGUUCUUUUCCACAAAAGCAAAGUGAAAAACUUGUGUAGAUACUACUACUACUACUACUAUGGAGAUUUUGGGAUUGUUGCGAGUGGAGAUGAUGAUGACAUAAGUUUUUGAUGAAAUAUGUUUUUAACUUUUGAAGAAACAACUGUUGUUGUUUUAAGUUAAAACGAAACAGAGUGGUUGGAUUUGCAUGGUUUUAAAUUGGUUUGGUUUGUUGGUUUUGGAUUGUGGUAAUUGUACAAGUUUGUAAAGGGAAAAACGUAGGCUUAUAAGGUUCAGAUGAUUGUAUUUGCUUGUUUGCAACUUUAAUGUGUUGUACUAUCUUAUUAUUUAUUAAAUUUAUGGAUUAAUA